UCCCCUGAAAGUUGAAACCUCGGGGAGUCGUCACUUUCGCUCUUUAUCGAACCAAAAUCCAAGGCUGAAGUAGUAAACAGCCUUUGGAGCUCAAUUCAGAUCCAAAUGGCUCCUCUUGCACCUCGAUCCGGCGACGCAAUCUUCGCCAGCGUUGAACGCGUGAAUGCGGAGCUUUUUACCCUGACGUACGGAGCGAUUGUGCGCCAGUUGCUUACCGAUCUGGAGGAGGUUGAGGAAGUGAACAAACAGCUUGACCAAAUGGGUUAUAACAUUGGAAUUCGACUAGUUGAUGAGUUUCUAGCAAAAUCUAAUGUCUCUAGAUGCACUGACUUCAAAGAGACUGCUGAAGUAAUUGCUAAGGUUGGUUUUAAAAUGUUCUUGGGGGUCACUGCAUCUGUAUCCAACUGGGAUGCUGAUGGUACAUGUUGCAGUAUCAUUUUGGAGGAUAAUCCUCUGGUAGACUUUGUUGAGCUCCCUGAUACGUGUCAAGGUCUAUAUUAUUGCAACGUCCUAAGUGGAGUCAUCAGAGGAGCCUUAGAGAUGGUAUCAAUGAAGACCGAAGUCACAUGGGUUCGCGACAUGCUUCGGGGAGAUGAUGCGUUUGAGCUGCAGGUGAAACUUUUGAAGCAAGUUCCAGAAGAGUACCCAUACAAAGACGACGAGUGAGAUGGGAGGGCAACAAAGCUUGGAUUUGAUAUGUAUACAGUACAUGACUCUUGUUUCUUCUUUGUUUUCCAAAUUAUAUAAUGAAUGUUGGUGGUCGCUUAGCUUAUCGAUCUUUCUUCUCAUCCGCAUUUCUUGGAAA